AUGGCGCCCAUCAAGUUCAAAUGGUUAGUUCAAUUACUUGAGGAGCUAGAUGCAGCCCGAAAAAGGAAGGCCGAUCGAGGCCUGAGUUCCGCAAGCCUUGUGGUGGUGAACUGGUUCAAGCAGCACAACCAUCAAAUUGAACGCCAUGGUCGAUCGGCUGUUGCGUUCCUAUCCUGCUUAUUUCCCGAACGCCUACCUCACCGGAGCUAUCGAUUGAGAGAGAAGACACUCAGUACUGUCAUAUCAUUCGCUCUCUGCCUUGGAGCUACUCGAGCCGCGUCAUUACGAAGUUACGAGCAACGCAACAUUGAUUUCGCCACCGCCGUCGAGCAAGUUGUAUCCGAGGCCGAGAAUUGCCCAUCUAAGGAUGUGACUUUGGAGGAGAUUGAUGACGCUUUAUCAAGAAUCGCGCUGUCAGUCGCUGGCAUAUCUUCCACUUCGCCAGGAGGUUCUGAAGACAACUCUGCUUUGGCAGUGCUGUCUCCUAUCUUCCGAAGACUGACAAGCAGAGAAGCCAAAUGGCUUGUUCGCAUGAUUCUCAAGUCGUAUGCGCCGAUUGAAUUCCCAGAACAGACAGUCCUCCGAUGCUUUCACUUUCUCCUCCCAGAGCUUCUUGUCGUCAAAAAUUCGAUAGAGGCUGCGGUUACAGUGCUUGGUCACCAUGAUUUGCGACAACACCCUCACGCUCCCCCAAUAGAUCAAAGGGCAAGCAUUAGACAACUCGUGGAACGAUAUCUGGCGCCUGAGCUAGGGAUUAUGAUUAAACGACAACGGUAUUACAAAGCCCGAAGCAUCACCCAUUGUUACAACAUGACCGAUCGGAGAUAUAUGAGCGUAGAGAGAAAGUAUGAUGGUGAAUAUUGCCAAAUUCACAUCGACAGGACUCGAACGCCAGGGUGCCAAAUCCAAAUAUUCUCCAAAAGUGGGAAAGACUCGACGAACGAUCGAAUCCGUCUCCAUGGAGCAAUAAUCGCCAGUCUCCGUCUUGAUGAGCCAGAUUGCCCAUUCAAGCGAAACUGCAUUCUUGAAGGAGAGCUGCUGAUCUGGAACCGGACCAAACAAGAAAUUGCCCCUUUUCACGUCAUCCGAAAACAUGUGAUGCAUGGUGGCAGGUUCUUAGGCAUCAAUGCGGAUUCACCCAGAAGACUUGACGAGCAAUUAAUGAUCAUGUUCUACGACGUUUUACUCGUCGACAACAUCGGUAUGUUACAGCAACCUCAUUCCGCAAGACGAUACCAGUUACAAAAACUGGUGAAGAUCAUCCCUGGUGUUGGAGAGCUGUGUUACCGGAAACUUGUCAAUUUUGCGGAAUCUUCUUCCAAGGAUACUCUACGAAAGAUUUUUGCUCAAGGCAUUGUCCAACGGUGGGAAGGCUUCGUCCUGAAAGGGAACAAAGAUCCUUAUUUCAACUGGACGGAAAGCACUAGUGUCAUCAAGCUCAAAAAGGAUUACAUCACAGGACUAGGUGACACUGCCGACCUCUGCAUCGUCGGAGGACGCCGUCAGCAAGCUGUUGUCGAUUAUCUAGGCCUGGGAGAAUUAUCGUGGACAUCAUUCCAUCUGGCGUGUGUGGAAAACAAAGAACAGAUACUCAAGGACGCGUCCACAAAACCAAUGUUUCGCAUUCUCAGUGUAUUGGAUCACCAUUGUCUUUCUAGGGGCAAUAUUCUCUAUCUCAAUUGGAGAGGCGGCUUCGUUCAAUUUCCCUGGGCAGAUUCGUCGGAUUAUUUCGAUGUUACCAUCGACCAGAAACCACUUCGGUCAGUGAAGCCUUCCGAACUCUUCAAAGAGCCUUUUGUCGUGGAAGUCAUGGGUGCUGGAUUCGAGAAACCUGAGGACACUCCUUACUUUGUGCUCAGAUUCCCGAGAGCAAACGUGGCCAGACUACAUACUGAUCGCACUUUCAUGGACACAAACACUUUUGAUGAGUUGCAAGUGAUGGCCAAAGAAGCCCUCACCAGAGCUCAAGAUUCAGGGCGACAAGAAGAAGCCGAAUGGAUUGAUCGACUCCUUGGAGCGGAUGGUAGACAAGAGAAUGAGACGAGCACUUCUUCGGAAGCCACGCCAGCGAAGGUGGCUACUUCAGAGAGAUGGAGCUCAACAGUGUCGCCGGACACCACUCUAGUCCUCCCCUCACCUAGGAUCGAACAUCGUCCUUCGCCAGUAUUCAUUGACCUGACUGAUGGCGACAAUACAACGGAGGCGCACCCAAGACCGAGAAAUGAAGCUCCUCAAGUUCGACGCAGGUUAUUUCAACCACAGGUGUUGACACCUCCACCAUCUUCUUCACCAGCUCAACCUAUAACGGACAUGACUAAAUUGUCAAGUCCUAAGAAGAGGCUUGCCGCAGCGGAGAAGCAGACUCUGUCUGCUGCACAACGUACUGAACACCUAGGACGAGCUACUCAUCCAAAUCCAAUCCCACCAUUCGAUCCGCCAGCAAGAUUUCGGACUCCUAAACUUAAAACCUCCGCCACAGCCAGAUCAAGGCGUUCUUCGACUGUUCGACAACCACUUGCAGAGAUUUCCAACAUUUCGCCUGUAAGAUCUCAAUCAGUAUCUCGCGUUUCAGACCACGAUCUAGCCCCGAAGGACACGUGCUCGAAGCGUCGGUUUGCUGGAGCUGAAGUCGCUGACCGGCCAUGUAAGCUCAGUCGUAAUGAACAGGAAGAAGUUGCUGACGGGUGGACUGUCCCGCAACCUGACCGGCAAGCCAAUGAUUCUCCAGGUGAACAGGAGCGGGAAGUUGAUGCUACGCAAAUACUGGCUUACCUUUUCGUGACUUCCUGCCUCACGCGAGAACCUUCAGAUGAUGGUCUUACUACGUCUCGGUGGGAUGACACAUCCCUACGGCGCGAAACUAACGCCCUGAGUGAGCCUAAACGGUGGCACAGUGUCAACUCUGACCGCGUUGUCAUCAGAUUCCUCGAAACAACCUUUCCAAAUGUGGCGGCCAAGGAAAUCCAAAACACUGGCAGACAGUUACUUGCAUCCUGGACAGGAAAACAUAGUCGCUUGGAAGAUUGUCAACGAUCAAGCUUGGUGACGAGGGACCCGCAACCUGAAUUGGUUGUGUUUGUGGACCAGCGUGCAAAAAGCAUCAUUGCAGACCUGGACCAUGAUGGUGACGAUCAUGACAACGACGAAACGAUCGAUGAUCAUGAUCAUGACCAUAAUAGCCACCGCUUACUGGACGUCGGAACCACAAUCAAGAAGUAUUUCGUGGGUAUGCUCGCCGUUGAGAAUGAGCAUCUUCACGCUGGCCCAGAACAAUUAAACACUGGACAACAACAAAAACACCAAGGCAUUCGUGCAACAGUCAAGGUGGAAUUCGAAUGGACGGCCUUGAAUCCAAGAUGCACAAGAUGA